UCCACUCUCAGUUCACGUCUCGGCACGCUAGGGAGUGCAUUCGGCUGACACUGAAACUGUGGACUGGUGGGCUGAACAAAUUCACAUUAAAUUAAACAACUUCGACAAUAUACUUUCUGAACGAAGCUAAGACUAUCUUAGAAGAUAACGUCGUAAUUGGUGACGUUUAUAAGACCUAACCUUGUAACAUCUGAUGUUUUACGCGACAUAUUUCUGACGUAUUCCAUCAAGGUCUGUAAUCAACCAGUAAUACUUCAGGUUUGGGUGGUGCUUGCGCUACACACCUAAAAUGAGUUUAUUAACAUUUAUGUUGGCCUGUGCCUUGACUAGCCUUGUGGUUUACGUCUAUGAGACCAGGAAGAAAGACAAAAAAACAAACGCUUAGACAAGGCACAGUGUACAGGGCUCUUGCAUACGUACUGAAGAUCUGGAUUCUAAAUUAGACAUAUGGAAUAGAUAUGAGCUUAUGGGCAUGUUGUUGGUCAAACACACGCAAGAGCUACCGACACAAUUUAUAAUGUACAUCGUCAUCCAUUUUGCUAGUUGGGAAGUCACAUGAUUAUAUUGGAUUGUUUACUUUUAAGCUGUAGCAUCUAGGGUACAACAAUAUGGGUACAACUGGCAUCGGAAGGCAAGCAACCCAGCCACCAAAUGACAAGCUACGUACAAUGCUGUACAAAUAACUGUAAUGUACACAUUAGCAUAUUUAGACACAUUGAUUAUACUCUGCAACAUAACUAACAUAUCGUCACAUCAACACCCAAACCCCCGGUAAUUAACGAUAUAAAAUACAAUAACACUGUCAGUAUCACAUCACUCACGCAUAUCAAAGCUAUAAUAUCAAGUUAGAAGGUCUAACGUGAAGCUGACGAACUACAAAUAGUUCUCUCAGGCAGACACUAGACUACUCCGACAAACAUGGAACCAGCAUCGACACUUAAGACUUACUCCAGGAAAGAUGAGCCAAGUAUCAACACUUAGAUGUUCUCCAGCAAGCAGACUAAAGCACCACUAUUAACAACACCAACACGUACUCCGGUAUUGCGCAAUUCUACAAGAUCAAAACUGCUAUAAUAAUACUUAUACAAGGCGCAGCGCCUCGGCAUCAGUUGGUAUUACCACACAAUGAAAAUAAGAGUGGAUAGCUAGGAACUCAGUACAGUAACAUACUGUGAUACAGUACAUCUAACACGUCAAGAUCAGUAAGUUAAACGUUUUUAACAAACUAAUACGUACAUUUCAUCCUGUAAUGGGGAAACAAGCUUAACUCAGCUCACCAAAAGAGUCAGCACAUUAACAUCUCCUCGAACCCACGAGAUUAGUUUUACCACAAGAAAAUUUCGCUAUUACACGUCCGUCAAUAAACUAGGAGUAUAUAACCACCUGCAGGAUCAGCAACGUCUUCAGUCACGUCACAACGGUGUGGUAACAUGACGUCGCCUCGACGUUGUGUUCUAACUUAAAGUGACGUCAGCGUUUAGCGCGAGGUCUCAUGGAAUGGUUGGACAAUAACAAAGUGGUUCUCAUUGCCGUCACAUGUUCAGUGGUGGGUGCUGGCGGAUGCCUGGCGGCGUUGCGGGCGUGGCUGCAAGGUCCCACCUGCAGGAGCAAGGCCAGGCUGGACGGCAGGACGGUGGUCAUCACGGGCUGCAACACUGGCAUCGGCAAGGAGACCGCCAGGGACCUCUCUCGUCGGGGAGCCCGGGUGGUAAUGUUGUGCCGGGACCUGCAGAAGGCGAAAGUGGCGGCGGAGGAGAUCAACAAGGAGACAGGGAACACCGUGGGCGUCUACCACCUGGACCUCGCCUCCCUAGAGUCAGUCAGGAACACCGCUGCCAUCCUCUCGCAGACAGAGCCCCACAUCCACGCUUUAAUCAAUAAUGCAGGUGUGAUGAUGUGUCCGCGGUGGGAGACGAAGGACGGGUUCGAGAUGCAGCUGGGGACCAACCACUUGGGUCACUUCCUCUUGACGUUGCUGCUCCUCCGUCAGCUCAAGGCCUCAGCCCCCUCCAGGAUCAUUAAUGUCUCCUCUAUCGCUCACACACAGGGCAGGAUGUACUGGGAGGACUUGCAGCUAAAGAAGAACUACGACGCCAAGAAGGCCUACUGUCAGAGCAAGCUUGCUAACAUCCUUUUCACACACGAACUAGCUAAGCAACUCCACGGAACAGGUGUGACCACCUACUCGCUUCAUCCAGGAGUGGUGCAGACGGAGUUAGGCCGCUACAUCAACCAGUCCGUCAAUGGCUUUAUCCAUUGGGCCUUCCACUUUUUUGGCAAGUUUUUCUUCAAGACAGUGGAGCGGGGCGCACAGACCACCAUCUAUUGCACUGUCAGCGAGGACAUCGCUACACACACUGGCAAAUACUACAGUGACUGCAGUGAAAAGCAACCAUACCCCCAUGCAGUGAGUGAUGCAGAUGCCAAGAGACUGUGGGAUACAAGUAUUCAGCUGGUGGGUUUGGAGGAGUAUAGUGUAUAGAGCAACGCUGCAAUAAGCUGCCACUUUUAUCACUACAUAAAAGUAGGUCUAGCCAGCCACAAGCUAAAACAUAGGAGACAUUCAGCAUUUCAUGAUAUAUACCCAUACAAGCUCAGCACCCUUUUUUGAUGGUAUACCUAUUCCAGCAUUCAAUAAAAUAUAUACAACAAAUACAAUAACACUAUAUAAUUUUGCUUGUUAUACAUACAUACACACACACAAAGUAAAAAAAAAUAAUCUACAACAAAAUUGCAUUUCACAACACCAACAGAUGCAUGCUCUCCAUAAUCACACAAAUCACGUUCUCCAUGCAUGCCACUAACACACGUACAUGUUCAAAAACCUUGCUACUAAAUGCUAAUCCUGAUCUGAAAUACUUCCUUGAUAUAUACAGUAGAACCCAUGAACACUACACGAGAAAUAAAUAUAAAAUCUGAUAUCCAUAGACUAAAUCUGUGCAGACACUAUGCAAAUAAAAGAACCCAGUCUAUGGAACUCGCUCCCUAAGGAAUUAAAAAAAAAAAAAAAUGUACAACCUAUGCAGAUUGUAUUAUGAAGUACUUUACUUCAGAAGCAAAGUACUGUACCUAAUUUCAUCCUCAUAGUUUGCUACCUUGUGCUUCAAACUCUCACCAUCUUGUACUACCCACUACCCCCAUUUUUAGUACUCAAAGGUAUUCAGCUUCAGUAUAAUCAAUCAUUAUCAUCAAUUUAUAUUGUACUGUAGUUAUGUUGAACUCAAAUUCUGCUACAAUGUAUCUUUUAAUACUAUUACUUUAUCUGUUAGAUUAAGGACAUGCCCAAAAUGCUGUGUGUGUUAAGUGCAAGAAUGUAAGAACACCAAUGUUAUAUUCUCUCACAACCAAUGUAUCUUCUUGUAUACAGUAUAAAUAAAUAAAUAAAAUGAAUAAAUUAGACUAUUUAACACCAUGUUUUCCCUAGAACACAAAGAGGGACAAUGCAGUUUGAACAAUAAGGAGCAGGGCAGCGCUCCAUUAAGUGCCUGUGAGUUAAACGUGUAUGACCAAUAUAUAACCUUGCCAGAGCCGUUUUCCUGCCGGUUAUAGUGGUAGGAGGAAGGCCACAAGGACACAUUACUCUUUAGAGUAUGCAGUGUGCCUCUGUAACCCUUUCCACCACCACCCACAGGAUGGGUAUGGGGUGCAUAAUCAAGAAAAAUUGAAAUUGCCCUUUAAGAACGUAACGAUGAACUCAGCCAGUCCUUGUCCAGCAUAUUUAAUAACUUACACAGUAGUCUUAACAAAGAGGUGGAAGAGUUGCAAAUGUGGUGCCAAUUUGUAAGAUGGCUAAAUCACUUGCAUUAAAUAUGCUUUAGACCUAUCAAAAGGAUUGUGUAGCAGAGAUUUCAUGAGGAGCUGGUGGUUAUGAGCGAAGUACAAGAGGCUGGUGAUGCACAAACCAAUAUCCUCCCCAAAGGUGACAGUGUAGGAAUACACACAGUACACAACACAUUAUAGCCUAACAAGGGCAUAAGGCAAAUGGAACAGACAAUAAGGGCAAGAUGGCCCUCAAAUUUAUCACACUAUGAAUUUGAGAGACUCCAUAUGAUGCAGUCAAAUAUACGUUUCAUGGUUAAUUUUUGUUAGGGGGGGGGGGGGUUUCCCCACCAUAGCCACCUUUUCUAAAGUUUCUGGAACAAAUAAGUUACCAAUGCAUAAAGAUUAAAUGGUUAUAACUAUCCUUGCAACAGAAACCCAAAUUACUAGGAUGCUAAAAUAGCUUCAUAACAAUGAGGUUUAUUUCUAUUUCAAGAAGAUUGUUAGUUCAAAAACAAAAAAAUUUGUCUGUGGAAAUUUAAUGUUUAAAUUUAGUACGUAUACAAACAUUAUAUAAAAGGUUAAAUAAAACUUUAAUUUGAUAAACCAUGUAUUUGUGUUGAAAUACCAGGUCCCCAGCAAUACCCCUUAGGGAUACAAGGUAACAAUCUCACGCGCCAGACAGGGCAGCACACGGGCACGAAAUUUAAGUUAUAGCACUGGUGUGAUAUGACCAUUGAACUGUUGACAUUCAACA